GUUCCGGUCCGGAGGGGCGGGGUCACCCGGUUCCCCUCUGGGUCGCACCGGGGAGAGACGGCUGAGUCUCCCUCAGCCCGUCCUGCGGUACCGGUCCGGUCAUGGAGCUGUUUGACGCCGGGGUGAAAGGUCGCGGCCUGCGGGCCAGCAGGGAGUUCAGCACCGGGGAGGUUCUGCUGGCCGAACCGGGCUACGCCGCCGUGGUCUACAGCAGUCUGGCCUCCCAGGUGUGCCACAGCUGUUUCCGGCGCCAGGCCAACCUGCACCGCUGCGCCCAGUGCCGCUUCGCCCACUACUGCAACCGGACCUGCCAGACGGCCGGAUGGGACGACCACAGGCAGGAGUGCGCCGCCAUCAGGAAGCUCGGCGCGGCGCCCAACGAGGACGUCCGCCUGGCCGGCCGCCUGCUGUGGCGCCGGAACAGAGACCAGGGUUUGGCGUCGGACAGCCAGCUGCUGGCCGUGGACCAGCUGCAGGAUCACCUUCGGGACCUGCCCGAAGACCAGCUGGGGGCGCUGCAGGCCGACGUCCAGACCUUCCUGAGGUUCUGGUCCUGUGGGUCGAAGCAGCACCCGGCCGACUUCAUCGGCCACGUCUUCGGCCUGAUUAAAUCCAACGGACUGACGCUUCCCGACCAGAGAGGUCUGCAGACGGUGGGUCUGGGACUUUUCCCCAAUCUGAGCCUCGUCAACCACGACUGCUGGCCCAACUGCACCGCCACCCUCAACCACGGAAACCAAUCAGCUGUGAGCUCCAUCCUCCACUCUCCGCUGAGGAUGGAGCUGCGCGCGCUGGGGAGGAUCCGCCAGGGCGAGGAGCUGACCAUCAGCUACGUGGACGCCCUGAACCUGUCGGCGGAUCGCCAGAAACAGCUGAAGCAGCGUUUCCACUUCGACUGCAGCUGCGAUCGCUGCAGCCGCCAAGUUGGCGACGACCUGAUGGCGGCGGCUGCCGAGGCCGAGCCCUCUGCGGAGGCGGUGAAAGAGGUCAGCGCCUUCAGCGAGGAGACUCUGAAGAAGGUGGAGGAAGCUCGUGGAGACGGGGAUCACAGCCAGGUGCUGAAGUUGUGCCAGGAGUGUCUGGACAAGCAGCAGGACGUCCUGGCCGACACUCACCUGUAUAAACUCCAGGUUCUGUCCGUCCUGGCCGAGGUGCUGACCUUCCACAGGAAGUUCCCCGAGGCCGCAGGAUACGCUCGCAAGAUGGUGGAGGGAUACACGAAGCUGUACCACCCGAACGACGCCCAGCUGGGCCUGGGCCUGAUGAGGUCAGGGGUCACCCACUGGCACGCCGGGCAGGUGGAGGUCGGCCACAAGAUGAUCUGUGAGGCGUACCGCAUCAUGAUGGCGACUCACGGGCCGAACCACUCCAUCACCAGGGACCUGGAGUCCAUCCGGUCCCAGACGGAGCUGGAGCUGAAGGCGCUGGAGGAGCAGGACGUCGUCCUGGACCUGAAGAACCUGCCGGUGACCAGCAGCAGCAGCAGCAGCAGCUCCACCAAGGACUUCCUCCGCCAGCAGUGAGCGCCCAGAACCGGACCUGACCGGGUCCACCAGAACCGCCGCAGGCGGAAAUAUGAAAACCUCUGCAAUAAAGCUGCAGCCGUUCAUGACGA